UGCACACACACCUGCAUUGACGAGGACGACGACGAUGGCGCUCGGACGACUGCUGCGCGUGGCGGCGGCGACUCUGGUGGUGGGGGUGGCGGUCUCUGACGCCUUGAUCGUGAAGCUCGACGGCCGCGUGGAGGAGUGCUUCCACGAGUACGUGCGCACCAAGCGCACCGCCUACAUGAAGAUCGGCGUGCUGGACUCGACCGGGUCCUACGACGUGCGACUGAAGGCCUUCGGCCCGUUCCCCUCGUACCCGGAGGAGGAGACGGUGGACAAGAACUUCUUUGACCACAUGGUGGUGACCCAGCACGACGAGACCAACCAGAACAUCGAGCACAACGGCUUCAACUUCGAGUCCGAGCACCGCGGCGGAUGGUACCGCUUCUGCCUCAGCAACAUGCACGACGGCAGGCAGAAGACGGUCGAGUGGUACACGUCCUUCGACCUGUCCAAUGAGGAGGACCUCGGCGAGGAGGACAAGCUGGACGCACAGGCUCGCCAAGAGCACAUGGAAGGUGUGAAGACGUCGCUGGAUCGGUUGCAGACGCUGCUGAAGCUCAUCCGCAACGAGCAGGACUACUACCGUGCUCGAGUACACCGUCACGUCCAGACCCUCGAGAGCAGCAAGUCCCGCCUGAUUUACUACACAAUGUUCGAGUUGCUGGUGCUGGGCGCCAUGUACGGCGCGCAGUCCUUCCUGCUGCACAAGUGGUUCAGCGACCGCGGCUACCUCUCUAAGCGCCAGUGGGCGUAA